AAUUGUAAAAAUAGUAUCUGCGACAGCGCAAUCACCGUAUUUAUAAUUUCUUGUAACCAAAUCGCCGUUUUGGCUGCGAAUCUCGUCAGUACAGUAAUCUUAAACCGACGCCCUGCCAUACCCGACAUUUUGUUUUUGAUUUGCUUUGCAAUACGAACACAGUGCGUCAACACCACGAAUUGGGUACCCCGCAAAACAAUCGCCGUUAUUUAGUUAAGUAUUCUUCCAACUUAGCGAAAUGCAUCAUCCGCACACAGUUAAACAUGGGCGAACGGGAAGAUGAGCGAAGCGCAAGGGUCUACGUCGGGGGGCUCACAGACUCCGUCAAGAAAGAAGACCUCGAAACAGAGUUCGAAAAGUACGGCAAACUGAACUCAGUCUGGGUGGCUUUCAACCCGCCAGGUUUCGCUUUUAUCGAGUUUAUCAAUCACAGCGACGCUGAGACAGCUUGUGAUAACCUGAACGGAACUGACUUCUUGGGCUCGAAGCUACGGGUGGAAAUAGCAAGAGGAAAGGCCCGCCGGGGGGGCUUCAGGGGCGGCCGCGGCCGCGGAGGACCUCCCUUCCGCGGGGGCGGCUAUGGGGGCGACAGAGGAUUCAGGGGCAGCCGGGGAGGAAGACCCGGUGGUCGAUUUGAUCCAUACGGAGGAAGACGCAACGACGGGAACAGGUCGUACGGGGGCAGAGAUUUUAACAGAAGGAGUGACGGCUUUGGACGCGACAGUUACGGAGGAAGAGGUGGCGGAGGUCGAAGAUUUGAUAAUGAUUCAAGAUUCAGGUCAAGAUCCCCAGCUGGGGCUCCUCAGAGGCAUUAGUUCGUAGAGUAAGGUUAAGAUUGUAUAUUUUUUCCUUUUUUUUUACGUAUUUUUUAAUUAUGAUGUAAUGAAAGACAUACAUACCUGUAGCGUUAGAUCUUGAUGCUGAAAAAUCGCAAUUUAACCUGCACUACAUGCGUGUUUCCCGCUGCUCUUGAAAGUACAAUUCUUGUAGUGAGUUUAUUGAACCGUACAUGCAGGUUUGGAUUCAAACUCGCCAACGGUUUUUUGUGUUGAUCAACGUUUUGAGAACUUUGCCACCCACUAUUUGGAGUUGUAAAGUGUAACACUUGAUUGUUGUCAUGUGUCAAGUUCAUAAACUAAUAAUACUGUAUUUUUUUUUAUUAUUAAUUAUAUUACAUUACAUUAUGGAGUGAAACUUUUGAAAUAGAGUUAAUAAAUUAUUUGAAAUGUA